AUGCAAAAAACUGAAAUUCAUUGGUCACCAAAUGAUCGAAAUCAAUUAGCAGAAAUAGGAGCUGAAAUAAUAAUUCAUACAUUUGAUCGACCAUUAAGUGGAGAAAGUGGAAAAUGUGUUUCUGGAGGAACAAAUAAAAAAACAACAAGUCUUAAUUAUCCAUUACAUGAAAAAAAUAAUAUCAAAUGUUGUGCAUGGUGGCCAUCACAAGAAUAUCCAUAUAUUAAUCUUUUAAUCAUUUUUAUUUUUAGUGUUAAAGAUCGAUCAGAUCCAUUGAGUCAAGGAAGAAUAGUAAUUGACUCUAAACAAGGUCGACCAUGUGUUGCACUUAGUUGGAAUCCAAAAAUUCCUAAUUUACUUUUGUCAGGAUUCGAUAGAUAUCGUUCUGAUAAUUGUUUAACAAUUUGGGAUAUAAAUCAUAAUGGUAUAUCAUCACCAUCAUUACAUCAAAUAGGAGGGAUAGCAUCAUCAUCAUCAAGUAUUGAGGAGUAUAAAAGAGUUGAUAUAUUAAUGCAUAAUCAACAAGUUUGGAAACCAAUAUUUGAUUCUGGACUCAAUGAACAAUGUCAUUCAUUAGCAUGGUUUAAACCAAAUGAUCGUUGUUUUGCUGCAUGUACCACACAACAUAAUACAAGAACUAUUAAAAUUUAUGAUCCACGUGUUCCAUCACCUGUUGUAACAUCUUUUCCAACAAAAGCUCCAUUUAAUUUAUGCUGUGAUACAAGUGAACGAUAUAUAGCUGCUAGUAUUGAUAAAACAGUUUAUGUAUAUGAUAGUCGAGCAACUGAAAAACCACUUAUUGUUCGUGAAGAACAUGAACCAAUUGUUAAACUUGCAUGGAGUCGAACAGGAUCAUCUCAACUUGGUUAUUGUAUUCGAGAUUCUCCAAAAUUUCUUGUUCUGUCAGUAUCAACAAAUCACAAUCAUGAAAACGAUACUUUUGUUCAUCGAAUUCUUCAAUGUCCAAUUCAACGUUAUAGAAUUGGUUUAGCAUCAUUUGAUUGGAAUUAUUUUGAUGAAAAUCGUCUUGUUUUAUUGAGUGGAAAAGAAUAUUUUGAUUAUGUUAUUCCAUCAAAAUCAAAUAUUUGUUAUUCACCACGUAAUGGUCUUUUGUGGACAAAUGAACAUGAAAUUCAUCCAUCUGUAAUUAGUCAAGAUCAAACACAAAUAUAUUCCAAAGUUCUUUUUACAUAUGAUUUAUCAAAUGUACAAAAUGAUCGAAGAACUAUUUCUUCAUCACAAUCAACCUCAAAUACAGAAUUAAUUCAAAUGGAUUUAAAAACAAUGUCAAAAGAAACACAAUCAACUAUUGAACAAAUACAAAGAUGGAUCAAAAGUACAAGUAUUAAUCGAGAUCCAUAUCCAUUUAUUGGAGUUAUUGAAGCAUUGAGAGAAGCUCAACCAUCAUCAACAAGUAUAUUAACACAUCAAUCAUGGUCAUCAAUGGCUAAUUCAACAUCUACGAAAACUGUUUAUGAAUCAUCUGAAAGGCAAAUAGUUGCUCAAUUAUGUGGAUGGUCAAAUGUCGAUUCAAAAUCAGGUGGUUACGAUCGUAUGGCAUUAUUAUUAGAACAAGAUGAAUUUGAAAAAGUAGCUGCACUAUAUAUAUUUCAAAUGAAUGUUAAUCGAGCAUUAGAUGUACUUAAUGAGGGUCUUCAACGAGGUGGAAAAGAAGAAUUAGCAACAUUAAUUCUUGCAUUAGUUGGUUCAAUUCGAGCAACAUCAACAAAUAAUGAUGAUAAAAUAUUAAUCAAUGAAUUUUCAGCAGUAACAAAAUUAUUUCAUCGACCUUAUGUUCGAGCUAUGUUUGGAUUUAUUCUUACACAAGAUGGAAAUGAUUUACAAUAUGAAUGUGUUCUCGAUGAACAAUUAGAUCUUAAUGAUAAAGUUGCAUUUGCUGCUCGAUAUUUAAAUGAUCAACGUCUUUAUGAUAAAUUAGAUAAAUUAGCUGAUGAAAGUCGAGAAAAAGGAGAUCUACAAGGAAUUCUUCUUACUGGAUUAAGACAAAAUGGAUGUGAACUUAUACAGAAAUAUCUUGAUCAAACCAGUGAUAUACGUACAGCUGCAUUACUUGCUAUUUAUGUUCCUGAAGAUGUACAUCAAGAAUGCCCUUAUGUUCAAGAAUGGAUUGAAGGAUUUCGACUUCUUCUUGAUGAACUUCAAAUGUGGAAUGAACGUGCUGAAUUUGAUAUAUAUCGUAGUCAUGUAACAGGUACAACACCAUAUCGUCGACAUUAUUUUGAUCGUGCAAUAAAUACAAAUCAGCAUUUUUCAUGUAUUUUUUGUCAAACGCCACUCGAAGUUAAUCAAGGAACAUCAAGUCAAACUCCGACAAUAGGUGGAUUAUCAACAAAUACAACAUCUACACCAACAACACCAUUGAAAGUUCAAAGUCGAGCAUCACAACAAACAAUGACAACUAGGUCAUCUGCGUCAUCUUCGUCUACUUAUCCACCACCAAAUUCUGAUAUGUUAAUGGUAUGCGCCAAAUGUCGUCAAGUCUUACCACGUUGUUCAAUUUGUAUGAUGAGUUUAACAACAUAUAUUGAAGAUGCAUCUUAUGCAUAUGAACCAUUACUUGAUAAACAUACGUUAAUGUCAAGUCAAUGGUUUACAUGGUGUCGUUUAUGUCGUCAUGGUGGUCAUGCUGAACAUGUUUCGAAUUGGUUUGCAAUGAAUCAACAAUGUCCUAUUGCCAAAUGCUUAUGUCGAUGUACCUUGAUUGAUGGUAUCUUUUGUUGA